GAAGAAAAUGGCUGCUGCUGCGACUUUUUUUCAAUGAAGACACUGAUGUUUAAAUUUCAUUUCGUUUCCUUGCAUUGGAGUUACGGUCAACUGCUAUGCAACCGAGAAGGGUGUGAAUGGUGACUUUAGGAAGGUGACAGUGUGGGGCAGACAGCAUCGUCUUGCAUCGCCUGGCAGCUGGCGGUGGAUCACAAUGCAACAAGUUUUGGAAUAUGCACUGGAUCGAGCCGAGUAUAUUGUUGAAAGUGCUCGACAGCGACCAGCCAAAAGAAGAAUUUCAUCUAGUGGGAGAAAGAGUUUGUACCAGAAACUCUAUGAGCUGUACAUAGAGGAAUGUGAGAAAGAGCCAGAAUUAAAGAAUUUGAGGAGAAAUGUGAAUCUUUUGGAGAAGUUGGUGUCUCAGGAGUCAAUAUCGUGUCUAGUGGUCAACCUUUACCCUGGGAAUGAAGGCUACUCUCUAAUGCUCAGGGGCAAGAAUGGAUCUGACUCUGAAACCAUCCGCUUACCAUAUGAAGAAGGAGAAUUGCUGGAGUAUCUGGAUGCUGAGGAGUUGCCUCCUAUUCUGGUGGAUCUGUUGGAGAAAUCACAAGUCAACAUCUUUCACUGUGGUUGCGUAAUAGUAGAGGUGAGAGACUUCAGGCAAUCGAGCAAUACCAAGAUGCCUACUUAUCGGAGCAGACAUGUUCUCCUGCGGCCAAGCAUGCAGACUCUGAUCUGUGAUGUCCAUGCAAUGACCAGUGACCACCACAAGUGGACACAGGAUGACAAAUUGCAGUUGGAGAGUCAGUUGAUUUUAGCCACAGCAGAACCCUUGUGUCUGGACCCCUCCAUUUCUGUGACCUGCACAGCCAAUCGCCUGCUCCACAACAAGCAGAAAAUGAAUACUCGUUCCAUGAAACGCUGCUUUAAGAGGCAUUCUCGAGCUGCUCUCAAUAGGCAGCAGGAGUUAUCCCACUCACCUGUGCCACCACAGUUACGACUUUAUGACUACCUACAAAGGAGGAAAGAAAGGAAACCUGCUCCUUUUAUAGACCUCAAAAUCUCCAAGAAUGGAAAUUGUGUCGACAUGUGGAAACAGAACAACUGCCAACUUUCUACACCGAAGGAAAUUGAUGUGGAGAAGUACGCUGUGGUUGAGAGAUCCUUGCAGUUGGAGGACUCUCAGCCUACUGUGAUCUGGCCUGCUGAGGAAAUUGUAGAUGACUAUACAUUUGAAUGCGAAGUGGGGGGUCAAUCCCAGAGGACCAAGGUGUCCAUCUUCCAGUCAAUGGGAGACCCACUGGUGUAUGGAAAGAUCUACUGUGCUAAAGAACCAAAAGCAGAGGAGGACAACUCAGACCUAAAGCUGAUACAUCCCCCAUUCCUCAUAGGCUCAAAAAUAGAUGCAGACCGGUUUCUUAAUCAGUACAAAGGUGUAUAUGAGAGGGAUGUGAAAUGUCAGGUUAAGAUGUCCCAUAACUCAGGCAGCAUGGGACAGGGGCCCCCGUCUCCUAGCAAAGAUAUUGAGGCUGAUGGUUUUUCUGCACUGGUCCAGACGUCUGUGUUGGGAAAAGGUGUGAAGCACCGGCCCCCUCCGAUCAAAAUGCCUUCAGGAUCAGGCAGCAGCUCCUCAGGUAAUUCACAUAGUUCCCAAGCCACCAGUGGUCUCCUUAAGUGUCCUACGCCUCCUCCAGCCAAAAACCAGUCUCUGAACAAGAAGCACUCCAUAGAGUUGGGCCAGAUAGGCCUGCUUUCUCCUGCCUCCCUCUCUCCUAUGGGUUCCACACAGAGAUCGGGGACUCCCAAGCCAUCUACCCCCACGCCCACCAACACGCCAUGCUCAACCCCACACCCUGCUGAGUCUCUCGGUGUUCCUCUCUCAGUGACACCUGCGCCUUCAGAUACUGCCAUGGUUCAGAACCAAUCACAACCUGCCCUCCUCGCCCCCUUUACCCAGCAGCAACUGGCCAUGAACCAGGGUUUGCCUGUCAUGACCAUUCCCCUGCCUACUAUGGGUACAUCUAUGACCACUGGAACCACUUCAUCACAGGUCAUGGCUAAUCCUGCAGGCUUAAAUUUCAUCAUGAGCUCUGUCUGUAGUCCCCAGACCCUCAUGAGUGGCUCCAACCCCAUGCUUGGUCCAGGCUUGAACCUUAGUGGAAUCCUUCCACCGGGAGGAUUAAUGCCCACCAUGCAGUCCACAGCACAGACUGGAAGUCCUUUUGGCCUGAACAACAGUGCUGGAUUGAGGCAACUGAAUCUCCUGCAGAUCCCCACUGGUCCUCUCAUCUUUAACUCUCUGCAGCAGCAACAGCAGCAGCAGCAGCAGCAGCUGUCUCAGUUCUCCCCACAGCAGAGCCAGUCAGCCACCUCCAGUCCCCAACAGCAGGGGGAGACGGGUGAUCAAGGGUCAGAUCAAAGUUUAGGAAACCAGCAAACAGCGGUCAUCAACCUGGGAGUUGGGGGCUUCAUGUCAUCACCGGCAGCAGUGCUGUCCCAGUUGGGCUGUGGGCUGGACAGGUCUGGGCCCCCGCUGCCUUCUCCAAGGCUUCAGCAGCAGCACCAGCCGCAGAUUCAAUUGCAAUUCUUGCAGCACCAAAUGCAACAGCAGCAGCAGCAAAUGGCUAUGGGGGCAGCAGUACCUCAGGGGGGAGCGCCACGGCAACAUACCGCCAGCCAACCAAGAAGUAAGAGGAAGAGGAGCACGCCGCAGCCCCUCCCCAAGUCGUGAUAGUCUAACAUGAGACUUGAAUCUCUUCACCCAGCUACACAAGGACAUGAAUGAUCCAUACUGUGCUCUUUGCCUGCCUCACUAUGAAGCCUGCAGACAAAAAAAAAAGACAUUUUGUCCUUUUUGUUUUUCUAGCUGACAGUUUGUAUGUAAUGGUUGUCUGAGGUUUUGAUGAACCAAAAACUGCAUCAACCAUAGAUGAUUGGGGUGGGGGGGUUAAAACAAUUCCUAAGCUUAAAGAACCUGACUGAUAUAUUUUGAGAAGAAAAUAUGGUUCUCGUGAGCUGUGGGCUUCUGCAAUGACGUUUCCCCUUCAUGCUGACUUUUCUCAGUGGAGGCCACGUGACUGAGGGGGUGCACUCGUUGGGGAUUCCUCAUAAUCCUGAUCCCCCCCACCCCAAGUAGAAACUGCCCUUUAAGCACGGACCCCGCCCCCCACCAUCCACCACCCCCAAGUGUGCUUAUUAACACCAAAUCCGCCACUGAACCAUGUGACAUGUGAGAAUGCAAAUCUGACCUUGAAGUAGUGCCUGGGGAAGCCCCCCUACCUCUCAGUCUGUUGGAAGUCUGUUAAUAAUCCCGGCACAGGGUUCAACUGAGGAUUUAAGAUCAACAUGUAAGAUGGUGCAUCUGCUUUUGUACAGCACAUUUUGAAA